GUCAAUAUUGGCUUACAUGUCUGUCAGGUCUGAAAUAGAUGGAAAGUGCGCCAUGUUUUGAGGGUUUCAUCUACUGAUCCAGUCAUGCAUAUAUUAUCCAUGGAUAGAGACCAUCAAGGCCUUGGAGGAUGUGACCCGUUAAUCAACCCAGUCUUUUUACCCAAAGGUUACAUGGAAAAUUUUAAAAUCGAAUGCCCUUGUCAGUUUCUGAUGAUCACACGCAAUCCCAAUUCAAAAGAUAAUUUGGAUCUUUCUGUAAAAAAAUCCAGUUCAAUUUCAGAGUUGUACAUGUACAUUAGUAAACUAGUUUGCACAAGGAUAUUGAAUCUUCGGAUGUCAGAAAUUCUUCCAUGUUUAAGUUAUUCUUCAUCUACCUUUGAAAGUACAGUUUCUACCUCAAGACAUCCAAAUUUAUCAUUACUGUUUGAAGCUUUAAGGCAUUUAAAUGCUGUUUCUGUGCAAGUAUAUCCAGUUGGACAGAAACAGCUGCAUAUUCGAGAUUCUUCAACAAGUGUGUGCAAAGAGGAAACACAAUCAUUUUCAAUUCAUCAUACCAGAGGAAAACCUAAUAAUAUAUUUUUGGAAGAAGUAAAGACCUCUUUAAAAUGGAGUGGAAAAGAUGACAAAUAUACAGUAAAGAAGGAUUUUGUGAGCAAGAUAAAUGGGACAAAAUUAAAGAAAUGCAUUCCUCAAACUAUCAAAUAUGAAGAGAAUGCUGUUGCAAAGAAUGACAGAAUGUUUCCAAAAUAUUGCAGGUUUCCAAGAAAAAGAAAUGUGUUUCAAGUUUGGCAAAAAGGAAUAUUAUUCUUUAUUUUUCUUUUCCUUCUUUUACAGGUUGUUAAUCCUCAGCCGAUCCUUUCCUGUCCAGAGACAAAGGAUACGGUCAACUAUGUACGAUCAUGUCCUCUGAGCUUGUCAGAGCUUGAACAAGCCCGUCGCCUAAAGAAUUGUUCAUCAUUUCCUCAAAAUUGCACAUCUUCACGCUUAUUUUUAUAUCACUGCUUACCCAAUCAUUACCUAAAUAGCUUUGUUGAAGUUUGCAGUGUAGCCGUCGACAUUAUAUACGGACACUGUGCAGAAUACAAUGAAGGAGGGGGUGUUAUACAGGAAAAUUAUCAAACAGAUUGUACAAAAUUUCCAAAACCUUGUCCAAUAGAAAGUUAUUCAUCAGUUGAUACAUAUAAAUACGCAGAUUGUUUCAAUAUUACCCCAAAGGAAAUUCCACAUACAACGGAUAUAAGUAGGGGAGAAGAACCUGUUCCCAAAAAUAUUACAGAAUUUCCAACAAACAAUGACUCCAACUCAAAUUUUGAGUUACAAAGGGAUUUAGCUAUUACUUUUGGCGUGGUGUUACCCCUCUUGUCUCUGAUAUUGAUUAUGCUAACAUAUGUUUGGAUUGAUAGAAAGAAGAAUACAAGUAAAGAAGGCCUACCACUCUGUCAGGAUGACUGAACAAGGAGAACUAAAAGACACUUGAGAAAUUGAGACAAAAUGAUCGUCACAUGUUUAGUUCUGGAAAAGAACCAGCAUUUUACAACGUGUCACGAUAUGAUUCUAAAUAUAAGUGAUAGGAUUCUUUUUUUUUUUUCAAAGUUUACUCACAAAGCGAAGAUAAACUUUUCACACUGACUUUAAUGUUACGUUGUGUUGAGCUGCGAAUGCUCCAUUACUUGAGAAUGUUGGAAUAAAUGUCAAGAAGUUGAAA